AGAGCCAUCAUCACUGCCAAAGCCAGAGUUGACCAACACCCCAACUGGGACGGGUUCAAAAGAGGCAGAAGGAUCCAAGCAGAACAUGCAGUAGACCUUCAUCACGAAACAAGAGUUCCCCGAGGUCCGUGUGGGUACGACGAACUCCGAGCCUUCCCUCUUGCUCCUUCUCUCUACGACUAUCAAAUUCUUCUCUGCAAUGCCACGCGCAGGUAUGUCGUGACGUCAUUUGGCCCACCUUCACUAAAGCAGCUUGUCCUCCUCUAUGACGAUGGCCAUUACAACGUCAUCACUUCUCUACCCGGAUUCUUUGGCACCUCCUACUUCUGCGUGAGGUGUCUCAAACCCUACAACAACCAAGGUCACCACGCUUGCGACAAC